GCAGAAACAAUUUGCAGCGCACGUCUGCAUUAUAGUGUGAACGCUAAUACAGUAACUAAACAUCAAUAGUAAAAAUCGAUACGUUGAAUAAAGCGAAUUAAAAUUUACGUUCAAGUGACAGCGAGUAUCUAUAGUCGUUUUUUGCUUUACAAAGUAGCUCGAUAAUCUACGUAUGUUUUCAUAAUAUGACAACUAGUGAGACUUUUUAAAUUGUUGGAUCAUCAGUUAAAAAACUAAAGGUAUUUGAUAAAACUUCAAUAAAAUGAGUGGCAGACCAAUUUUUGAUGAAGCUUUCAAAGCUGAUCUCAAAGAGAAAUACUUAGCAUACAAAAAAUUAGCUGACGAAGACAGUAAAAAUGAUUCUGAAUCAGAUCCUUACAAAAGUAAAUAUGCUGCUAUGGAAAUUUUAAAAGAAUUGCGGCAUCUGCUUCUCACCUGCUCAACUACUUCAGACGCAGAACAGUAUAAAGUUGAUUGUAUGCUUGGCAUUGUGUACUUAGAUGAAGGUAUACUUGCGCUUGAUGCAGAAGAACUCAACACAGGAGAAGAAUUAUUAAUGAAUUGCAUCAAUACAUUGAAUAAAUAUGAUGUUAAAAAGGAAAACAUUUUACCAACCCUUCGUGCUUUAAAUCAAUUGGCAAUAUUAUGGUCAAAGCGAGAGCAAACUCUCACUGCUAAAGAGUACAUUGAUAAGGCUGUUAGAAUUUACGAAGAAUACCAACUUAAAGAUGAAGCUGAUAAUACUCCAAUUGAUGCACCUACUUUGUUUGAAGUUGAAGAUGUCAGUACCAAUUCAACUAAAGAUGAAUUGGAGAAGCUUCACACUUUGACCCUUUACUAUCUUGCUCAAGUAUAUGGUGCCUUGGAAGAUCUGUUUAAAUCUGCAAUUUAUUGCCAUAUGACUCUCAAAAGACAAUUAGAAAUGAAUGAUUAUGAUAGUAUUGAUUGGUCUUUAAAUACUGCAACAUUAUCUCAAUUUUUUAUGGAAAGUAAAGGUUUUAAACAAGCCAGACACCAUCUGGCUGCUGCAACAUUAAUUUUACAAAAACAUGAAGAUCAUUUGAAAUCCUUAAGUUCAAAAGAACCAGCUGAUGAAGCUGAAAGUGAAUUAAUUGCAGCAAAGUGGGAAAUUUAUAAUCAUAGAAAAGCUGAUGUUUCAAGAUGUUGGGCAAAAUAUGGAAUUCUUCUUAUGCGUGACUCAAGAGAUCGAUUAAUAGCUGCUUCCCAAGGGUAUCCAAGCUGCGCUGCAGAUGAUACAAAUGUAAAGGAUCCUAAAGCAGACACAACUCCAAUAAGUCAAAAGUUAUUAGAUAGCUUCAAAUUUCAUUCCAUUGAAAAGGAUAUUGAGGAUAUUGCUAAUAACAUAACAGAUAAAUAUUUACUAGAUUUUGACGAUGCUAAAAAAGUAUUUUUAAAUGUUCAAAAAUGGCUUGAAGAAGCUAAAUCUUACUAUACACUUGAAGACCAAGCUUCUGAGUAUGUGCAAAUAAUUCAAGACAUGUCAGAACUCUACAGGUAUCUGAUUUUCUUUGAAGAAAGUGAUGAUAGGCAAGCCAAAAUGCAUAAAAGAAGAAUAGAUUUACUGGAAGGAGUAGUAAAGCAACUAAAUGAAACUUAUUAUUUAUCUGUUUGUCAACAAAUUUGGAUUGAACUUGGUGAAACCUAUUCAGAAAUAUUAAAUAUUAAACUUGAUCGUUUGAAGGAUAAAGAUGAAAAACCAACUGUGCAUUUAAUUACAAAAGUUAAUAAUUUAGCAAAAUCUGCUAUACUUAAUUACAAAAAAUUUAUUGACUCUGUUGCGUUGUCAAAAAAAGAUAACAGGUUCCCUGAAGAGUUUGUCAAACCAGUUUUAACUUCAUACUAUCAUAUCGGAAGACUGUAUAAUGUUUUCAUUACUGGUGAUAAAUUAGUAAAAUUAGAAAAUACAAAGAAAAGUUGGGAGGCAUAUAAAUUUGUUGCAGAAUAUUGUAAAAAAAAUAUGAAACCUGAAGAAUUGAAAGAAACAGAAUAUAGUUUGAGCAUUGAUUUCGCAGAUUUAUUACCCGUAAAAAUUGCGAAAUUAACGCGAGAGCUGUCGAAUUAAUACAAUUAUUAUUUUACUAUGAAAUUAUAGAAAAAUCGAAUCAUGUGUCAAGAGUGAUAUUGAGUAUUUUCAUAAGAACUACCUUAAGUGAAAUUGUCUUUAUUAUUUUUAAUAAAUAGAUAGAUAUAAAAAAUGUAUUUAAAGUGUUUUAUUAUUACUUUGAUAAUAAUAUCAAUCGUUUGAAAUAGAGCAAUUAGAUUCUACUUUUUGAUUAUUUUAAGCUUCAUAUCAGUAUGAGUAUGAAAUUUAUUAUUACUCCUUGUAAAAAAAUUCAAAGAAGUAAUGUCUAUACUACAUGUAACAUGGUUUUUAAAGUUUUAAAACAAAAUAUACACAACAAUAGCAGAAUAAAAAUUAUUGAAAGCACUUUUGUUAUAAAAUUACCAAUGGUCUUUGAAGACUAGGUCACCAAAUAAAAAAAUUGAUUUAAUAAAACAUGAAAACAUCAGUAUAAAAUUGAUUUUUACAAAGACUAUUCAUAUUGUCAUUUGUAGUCUAAACAUGAUUAUUUUUUAAGUUGUCAUUCAAGUCGUCUUAUCAUUAGAUUUUUAUAUUAAAUCACUUGACGAAUGAUUAAAAUUUAAAUUUCAUUCUUUGUUGUAACAAAACAGUUUCAGUAUAUACUGAAAAUUCUGUACAAAAUAGGUCUUAAAUCAUUUCAUGAGACUAAAAUUAUUCUUAAUUAAUCUAUCAGACAGAAAUAUUUUGCAGCCUGCUUCAUAUAACUUAGAAAUUAACUUCACUUUUGGAAUAUUUUUCAUUAGUAGAUUUGAUGGUAGCAACUUCUACAAAAAAAAUUAUGUACAAUUUCUCAUACUCUAUAGUAACAAUAAUAAUAUAACAUAAUUAUUGUGUU